AUGAGGAUGCUUACCGUCAAACAGCCAGCGCAUCACGGCUACCAGUCCGUCCAUGACCUCCCUACGCCGCCAACCACAUCUCGACCCUCGCCUCCCUUGAUAUAUCAAGAAGAUCGCCUGCCGCGGCUCGCCUCGAUACAUCGACUCUCUAGCCCAGCCCGUCAGCCCAUGUCGGGACAUCAUCGUGGCUUGCCUCCUCCGGCGGCCAUGACGCUAGCCCAGCCUCCGUCUACACAGAGUAGUGCUGCACCUCAACCUCCGCCGCCGGCCGGUCCCCAGCUUGGCCAGCCCACCGCGCUUCAGUCCCAAUCACACUCGCAGAGCCAGCUGUUGGGGCAACUGCCAGCUCCUCCACAAUGGCAGCAGGGCCCGGACGAGUCCAUGAGAGCUUGGCUUCUGGCCAAGACCGAGGAGGAGAAGAGAAGACAGGAAGAGGAGAGAACGCGCCAGGAAAGCCUACGCUUGGAGCAAAGGAGGACAGAACAUGAGAUUCUGAGAACUUCGUUGCAAGGAGGGAUUCCUCCCCCUAUGGUGCCCGUGGUCUUUGCAGGGAUGGGCGGCAGCACUUUGCCCCAGGCCGCUCUCGAUUGGGCCCAACAGUACAUGUACUCCCAAAUGCAGGCGCAACCCCACCAGCCUCAACUUCUGCCACCCACGUCUGGUCCUGUUUCACCAGAGCACAGACGAGACUCGCAGCCACAAGCCUUCGUAGUCUAUCAACCCCAGGCAGGCGUACCCCCAACUCCAGGCUCGGCACCGGGGCCCCAGAGCGCAUACUCGGGCCAGCCUCCAGGGUCACCACACAGGCCAAGGCACUACAGCCUACCGGGAGGCCGCGCUCCAGCAUCAGGCGGUGCAGGCCUGCCCAACAUCAACACAAGUAUCCAAGGGGGGUCCAGCGCACCUCACACCUCUAUCCCUAGCGGAGCGGCGGUCCAGUCUCAAGCUCAGGCGGGCCAUUCUCAGGCUUCUCCAUCUAUAUCGUUCUUUCACUGGGAACCACCAACAAGCCACGCAUCUGGGAGCGGCUCCAAACAGCCUGCGACGCCCUCCGAAAGAUUUUCACUAGUAGGAGAAUCGCCACGGAAGCGAAAAGCAACCGGGCCUCAGCCAGCCGCACCGCCGCCUGGCACGCAACAAAGAAUCCCAUCGCCGCCCUCAUUCCAACAUGGCGCGCCAAGCUCGAGUUUGGCGAACCCCCCUCCAGGUCGACGCCGAGGCCCGGGGCAUGUCAGGCAAAGAAGUGACAUAUCUCUGUACAGGCGAGUCGGAAACGGAGGCGGAAGAGGGGAGCAGUUAGGAGGCGGCUACCGAUCCCACUCGCCCGCUUACUCUUCAGCACCCACCACGGCGAGGGAAGUUAAUUUGCCCGGCGACCUGUCACGACAGCAGCAACAACACCAGCACCAAUACCAUCAAGAGCAACAGCAACAGCAGCAACAUGCGCCCGCGCCCGCGCCCCCUCGCAACGCACCUCACUCGGUCUCAUCCUUACUUUCAGAAGAGCCUUCGCCGAGAAACGUACAGUACCACCAGUCUUCCGCUCCAGAAAUAGAGAGGAGGAAUUCGCCAACUGGAGAUUAUUCUGCAUCCAUACGUCAACGAGAACACGAAUGA